AUGUUUCAGAAUGGACAGGCUAUUAAAAGAUAUGAACGUGGCGUGGCGAUGACAAGCCUGAUCUUGGAAAACGCAGACUUGAACCGACUUUUCCCGAAAUGUCGGCCUAGGGGUGGCCCACCCCCGAGUCCGGGGGCCUCCACGCAGAUCAGUCAGCCGCAUGAGAGCCUCUGCCAGAAGGAGGCCGCCUCUGUUACCACCAACCUCACGACCAGCCUCACGAGUACACUCGCGACCACGCUCGCAAACACACUCACGACCACCCUCGCGAUCGCCUCCAAGAACACACACACGAACCACUCACGCCCGACACCGGAAGACAUGAUCGACCUCGAGCGCGACAUCUCCGAUAGGACAACGAGCAUGGUGUCCGGUUUUGCAGGUGAUAGUCAGCUAUCCGUUGGUGUCAGCGGUGGCAAUGGCAGUGUUAGUGGUCCACUGGGAACAUUUAGUUCUCUUGGCACACUUAAUACAAAACCACUGUCUUCGAGCUCCUCCUCUGCCUCUGGGCGUAGCGAGGAUGCACCACAGUAUGGUAGCCUUCCAGGUAGUGAUCACCAGGGUCACUCACAACAGGAUGACAGUGGCCCUGAAGAAAGCCCUGUGUACAUAUUAACAUCUGCCAAGGGUGACUUUAGCUACAAAUUAACAGAUUCCAGAAUUAUAGAAAUUGCUGGUGGCCGAGAAGUUUUUUCUCAAAGUAGAGGUAAAGUAGCAGCUAGAAAAUCGCGGUUUCUUGCUGCAUCAAAUUCUUUAAAUAACGAAGACACUCAGACAGAUAACAAGUUAUCAGUUAAAAGAAAUAAUAAGUCUCCAAAUACACAAACGAUAUGGGAAUUAAGGAGCCGAUGUGGUGACACAAGAAAGCAACGCUCUAAUAGAGAAGUAACAGAAACUGUCUUUGCAUCGGAAAUACAUUCGGUCCGACAUAAUCCGGCAAAAUCUAUUCUUGACUAUGAUUCCCCUAAGAGCAAUCACAGCAAUCGUAUUAUUAAUUAUGACUCAAUUUUGAAUAGCAAUAAUGUAGAAUAUGGUGUACCAAAAAAUAUUACGGAUAUUGAUUAUGGAUUGUCAAAGAGUUGCAUAGAUUAUCAAUCGAAUCACACAACACCAGCAAGAAGCAUGGCUAUUGUCAGUGACGGUGAAGUGGUCGUUUUUGACGAUAUCGACGAUAACUGGCAAAAUUUGCGACUAGAUUUAUCUUCUACUAAUACGAACCAAGUUACAUCUACUAAUUUAAAUCUUGAGUCUGAAGAGUCUCAAAGAGGUCGUAUUCCGCCAGAACCUCUGAGUUCUAGUAUUGGAAGCACUCCUAGCCCGACAACGGCAUAUCAUCGUAAUACUUCAGAUUUCUUUAAGGUGAUUACUCCAGCUAGCGAUUGCGAAGUAGAUUCGCCGUCUUCUGAACGUAAUCACAAAGUAGCAAGAAUAAUUGGUGAAUUACCAAUAGCACAGUAUUCAGAAAGUCCUAGACGUUAUGGAGUACGUGACACUCAACUUCCUUGCCUUUUAUCAUCACCAUCUGUGUACAUGACACCAAGACCUGGUUUUCCACAGAGAGUGUUACCAACAACACCAAGUCACAAUGAGAAGGAGGAUACUUCUGCAGAUAUCAUCGUAGAAAAGGCUGUGGUAGAAACAAAUAUGAAUUAUUCUGAUGAUCAAACUGUGAACGCCUCUCCUCCGUCUCCGAAAAUCGAAGAUGAAGACGAAGACUCUUUAAAACCGUCGACUUUACCCACUGACAAUAUAAGCAAUUUAGUAUCGUCUGGUGGUAGCACUUUUGAUUAUUUGUAUGAGUUCUCAGAAACUCGGAAAGUCCUCGAGGAAUUUUUCAAGUGUCCACCACCGUCGAAAGAAAAAGAAAACAGCACGGAAUCUUUUCCAUUUCAGGAUCUUGAUUAUGAACUGCGAAGACAAGGAGGAAGUGCUUACGUUGGUCAACGCUUAGCAAGCGGGCCACCGACAGAGGAAGUUUUGGUACAUGAAUCUCCCAAAAAACAAAGAACUGAAUUUUCACAAAACACUGGUGAACACGAAAAUAAUUUCUUAGAUCUUUCCGUCGGCACUGGUAGCAGUGAAGAUCUCGGCGAAACAGAAGUCGGUUUACAAGUCGGACAUUCUCGCAAUUUUACGUUAAGUCCCGAGAUGACUGAUUGUGAUAGUAACUGUGGCGAUCUCGAUAGUGAAGUUUCAUUGAUGAUGAUGGAUAAUGAAUUGAUACCAGCCAGUGGACUCCUUGGAUCGGUCGGCGACUUAGGAAAUAAUUCAGAUUCUUUGAGAAUAUAUACCAGCAUGCCGGUUCUGGAAGAUGGUUUGUCCAGCGGUCAUGCUAGCGACACUGAUAAUAACAAUCCAACUGUGAUGUUGAUGAAACGGCAGAUGAACGAAAUUGAGAAGGAGAUCAUUCAAAGAAGUCGUGUAAAUGAUACUGGCUACCCUACUGCAACAGACAGUGACUCGGUCGGAAAAGACCUUUCCGGUUUAACUGUCAGCAAAGACAUUCUGCAUUCGUUGAAAUCAUCGUCGCCUGAUUUAUUUGUUCCUAAAAAAGAGAAUUCAUAUGAUGCAAAUGAGUUACAACUCGAUGGUCUGGAUCCUCUUGGUACACCUCCACCGCCAGCACCUCAAGCCAGGCAAACUAUCAAUUUAGAAAUAGGUGGCGAAGUUGAAGCUGCUAUCAAAGAUAUUAGAAUGGCUUUACAGAGGACUAAGACUCUACCUGUGAAGCCGUCUACGGAAGAACCAAUAGAACCUAAUGUCAGUCCGAUUUGGAUACCAAGUAUAUCGGAUGACAGGCGGAGAAUUUGCGUAGAAAAUAAUAGCGAAGAUUCGGAAGUUCGACGUACGGGUGACGAUGCUGACGUUGAAAUCGAAGAUGGUCCGGAUGAAGAAGAGGCGGAUACUGAUCUCGAGACCGAUCGUUUACUUGGCCAACAAAGAACAGAUGAUCAGGGUUUUUAUGAUGAUAAGGGGUGGAGGAAGCCUAAGACUAGGACAAUGUUACCACCGAUAAGUGGCAAACUGUCGACUCCUAAGCAAACUCCCCCAAAAAGCCUGAUUGUCGCUCCGGUAGAAAGUCCGCUCUCACCUUCAGAACCUUUAGCUUCGACCUCCGCCUGUGUAUCCACAUCCGCUUCUGUCUCUAUCUCGCCUCCUCCAGUAGUCUCCAUUAUUCAACCGCCACCCUCCGAUCGUGAUGUUACCACUCCCACACAAACCACAACGAGCCCACAGAAGACUCCAGCCAAAAAUUCUCCCUCGUCCCCUCAGAGUCUCAAGGAGUCCAGCAACAAGGUGAAAAAGGACAAGGAAGAGAAGAAGAAGAGCAGGAACAAAGAAGCUCUCCUCGACGAUCCUUCAGUUCUGAUCGAGGGUGUCCUAUUCCGGGCCAGAUACCUUGGAUCCACUCAGCUCGUUUGCGAGGGAGAACCUACAAAAUCUACCCGUAUGUGCCAGGCGGAAGAAGCUGUCUCCAGGAUAAAGGAGGGGCCAGUGGCUACGGGUACGCAGGCUGCUACGCAGUUAAACUAUGGGGGGCAGCAUGGGUUUGGUCGGUGCAGCGUUGCCUCGCAAGGAAGCCUAGACGAAGAUGAAUGCGACUCGAGCGAAGAACUGAUAGGGAACGCGUCUGGUGGGGGCCAGUCCGAGUCGCAGACCGCGGGACUUCAACCGAAACUGGCCCCGAUCAGUGGCUCUAUGAAGCCCACCACCGUUUUCAGGCUCCAUUUUCUCGGCUCGGUUGAAGUUGAAGAGGAAGGGAGACGUAAGCGCCUUAACAACCACAUAGUGCGGGAGGCUGUGACUAAGAUAAAGGCACUGGCACCGGACGGCGAAACGCAGCCGAGCACAGAGGUUGACCUCUUCAUCUCGACCGAGAAGAUCAUGGUUUUGAACACGGACCUGAAGGAGAUCAUGAUGGAUCACGCGUUACGAACGAUAUCGUACAUAGCGGAUAUCGGGGACGUGGUGGUGUUAAUGGCGCGAAGACGUUUCGUGCCACACGAGGUCGAGGAAGCGCCGAAGAUCAAUCGAACGCCGAAAAUGAUUUGUCACGUGUUCGAGAGCGAGGAGGCCCGAUUCAUUGCACAAAGCAUCGGGCAGGCUUUUCAAGUAGCGUACAUGGAAUUCCUCAAGGCGAACGGUAUCGAGGAUCACAGUUUCGUGAAAGAGAUGGACUACCAAGAGGUUCUCAAUUCCCAAGAGAUAUUCGGCGAUGAACUGCAGAUGUUCGCCAAGAAAGAGAUGCAGAAAGAGGUAGUGGUACCAAAGGCGAAGGGAGAGAUAUUGGGCGUGGUCAUUGUCGAGUCAGGUUGGGGUUCCAUGCUGCCGACGGUGGUGAUCGCGAAUCUGGCACCGGCCGGUGCUGCUGCUCGUUGUGGACAGUUGAACAUUGGUGAUCAGAUAAUCGCGAUCAAUGGCGUCUCGUUGGUCGGUCUACCCCUGUCCACUUGUCAGACCUACAUCAAGAAUUCGAAAAACCAGACGGUCGUCAAGCUGACCGUUGUACCGUGCGCGCCGGUGGUCGAGGUCAAGAUCAAACGACCCGACACCAAGUAUCAAUUAGGAUUUAGUGUACAAAACGGAGUAAUAUGUAGCCUGUUGAGAGGUGGGAUCGCCGAACGGGGUGGUGUUCGAGUGGGUCAUAGGAUCAUUGAGAUCAACAAUCAAAGUGUUGUCGCUGUACCGCAUGAGAAGAUUGUCAAUCUUCUUGCCACAUCAGUCGGUGAGAUACUAAUGAAGACGAUGCCCACGUCGAUGUUUAGGCUGUUAACUGGUCAGGAGUCUCCAGUGUAUAUAUAAGCGUUUGGUUACCUGGCUGAUAUGCGUAGUGAACAGACAAUACAUUCGCCAUCCACUACCAAACUAUUCACUACUUUACUCUCUGUACAGAUUUAUUCGACGCAGAUAAUCGCAUUCUGUUUCGAUUCUUAUGGAAUUCUAUUCGUAUACUCUC